AUUCACAGCCCCUCUGCUGCUGCCUCUGCUGCUCUCUCUGCCUCUGUGUGUAGGUUUUGUACGUACGGACGCUUGAUAGAGAUGAAAUGCCAGGAUCGGGCUUCCUCCAGGGAUACCGUCUCCAUCCUGUAAUGUGAGGCAGUCAGCAGCGCGAGGAGACCGGGGAGAAGCUGCAUCCGUCUUAGAGAGGUGCCUCCAAAGGACCAGGCGUGAUCCAACAGGAGGGGAUAUUUAUUUUUUAAUUAGUCUCUGCUGUAGAGAAAAGGAAUUGUCGUCAUCCCCCCCUCCCCAACCAUCUUUUUUUUUUCCUCCGGUGCCCCCUCCUUUUUCCUCCGCCUCCACUCACAUUUUUCCCCCCUCAUUUUUCUAGAGGAGCUCGUUAGAAUAUCAAACCUCCAUGUAUGACAAUUUGUACCUGCAUGGAUUUGAAGACUCGGAGGCGGGCUCAGCUGAUUCGUAUACUAGCAGACCAUCAGACUCAGAUGUAUCUCUGGAGGAGGAGCGUGAGGUGCAGGCCCAGGUCCAGAGCCAGAGCCCCAGCCAGAGCCAAGGACCGGGACAGAGCCGUCAGGAGAGGGAGCAGCAGGCUGCCGUUCAACUGGAGAGGGCCAAGGGUAAACCUGUGGCGUUUGCUGUAAGGACCAAUGUCAGCUACUGUGGCGCACUGGAUGAGGAUGUUCCAGUACCGGCAACAGCCAUCUCCUUUGAUGCCAAGGACUUCCUCCACAUAAAAGAGAAGUUCAACAAUGACUGGUGGAUCGGGCGCUUGGUAAAAGAGGGCUGUGAGAUCGGCUUCAUUCCCAGCCCUCUGAAGCUCGAGAACAUCCGGCUCCAGCAGGAGCAAAAGAGAGGACGAGUCCAAGGUAAGUCUGGAGGAAACUCCUCUUCCAGUGUGGAGGAUGAGGUCUCAGCCUCUAUCCGACCACUCAUAUCCUCAGCAGGAAAGCAGAAACAGAAAGUGACGGAGCACAUACCCCCGUAUGAUGUGGUGCCCUCCAUGAGGCCCGUGGUGCUGGUGGGACCCUCGCUCAAAGGUUACGAGGUGACAGACAUGAUGCAGAAAGCCCUAUUUGACUUCCUCAAGCACAGAUUUGAUGGCAGGAUAACUAUAACACGAGUAACUGCAGACAUCUCAUUGGCCAAAAGGUCCGUUCUGAACAACCCCAGUAAACGAGCCAUUAUUGAAAGAUCCAACACUCGUUCCAGCUUAGCUGAGGUGCAAAGUGAGAUUGAAAGAAUCUUUGAGUUGGCGCGCUCCCUUCAGUUGGUUGUCUUGGACGCUGACACCAUUAACCACCCGGCCCAGCUCCUCAAGACUUCACUGGCGCCCAUCAUUGUCCAUGUCAAAGUCUCCUCACCAAAGGUUCUUCAGAGGUUAGUGAAGUCCAGAGGGAAGUCACAGAGCAAACACCUAAAUGUCCAGCUUGUGGCAGCAGAAAAACUGUCUCAGUGUCCACCGGAAAUGUUUGACAUCAUCCUGGAUGAAAACCAGCUGGAGGACGCCUGUGAACACCUUGCUGAAUACCUUGAGGCCUACUGGAAAGCAACUCAUACCUCGAUGGCAACACCUCUAAACCCUCUGAUGGGACGGAACCUGGGGCCCACUACUCUCACCCCUUAUUCCACCAGCAUCUCUGGUCUGCAGAGCCAAAGAAUGCGACAAAGCAACCACACAGGAGACCAUUCCACCGCAAAUGAGCGGCGCAACCUGAUGACAUCGGACGAAAAUUACCACAAUGAGCGAGCGCAUAAGGGACGCAACCGCAUGUCUUCAGGCUCGCAGCACAGCCGAGAGCAGCAGGACCCCUACCAGGACUACCAGGACCCCUAUCAGGACGCCUACAAGCCCCAUCGCAAUCGAAGUUCACCGGGCAGCUACAGCCAUGACUCCAGGCAGCGGCUCUGAGCCCACUUCUGCUGCCACCAGGACCCUACAGACCCAGGUUCCGCUGAAAAUAAAUCCUGCAAUAGAGCCUAGAUGGUCCCCAAAUUGUACCUUUUUUUUUCUUUUCUGGCCUGCCUGGCAAUUUUUCUCUUAGAAUACUGACCAGGUAUUUGUUUUUAAUCAAACUGUCAAUCAAAAGCAUGAAGAAGUCAGAAGAUUCUGAUUGCCAACAAUAAUUAACACUAAAAUUACUUUCAUUUAUCUUUGGAGGAUCUUCUUGGAUUGUACUAACACAAUGCUCAGCAGAUGUGCAGCACGGAUUGUGCUUGUUGCGUCUGUCAACAAGCUAGUUUUGGAUACUGGUCAGAUGGUGAUAUAAAGGCAUUGUGUACCUGGAGUAUCACAUCAAACUGGAGGGACGUCCACUGCACAUAAACUGCUGACUGAAAGGCUGCUGCCCCUAACCUGGGCCAUGUAUAAAUCCUCUCACCAUUUAGCUUAUUGCAUGCCAAUAGUUGGUCAACCUCCGCAUCCACUUAGCUAAUAUUUUGUACCUAGCAUUCUGGAUAAGGUUUAGGUCCAAUUUUCUACAUCAUCCGGUUGUGGAUCAGCAGUUAAUGGUGGAGAUUGUGGUCUGGUGUGCAGAUAGCUAUGAAAACUGGUGCUUCACAUUCCCUAUCCCCAUAUCCCUCAACAUUUCUUUGCUAUUUGCAAGUCACUUUGAGCAAGGCCAGCUUUUCUGUAGCAUAGCUUUAGCAUCUCAUUAAGGUGAAGACCCUCACGGUCAGAGACGGACAAGAUGCUGAAGGUGUUGGGAUCAGAUCUGAGCUACGCUUUGGAGCUUCUACUCUGAACAGGUAGCACAAAGGAAGCACUAUCUCUGUGUGUCUAGGAUAGUACGUAAAUUGCAAUAUUAAGAUGCUACGUGAUAUGUUUUUAGUGUUGUUUGUAAAAGGGUGAGACCCUCUGAAGCAAGUCAGGAUGUUUGUUUGGUUUUAUUUCCCUUAAUCUUUUACAAUUACAGUAUCAUCAGCAUAUAUGGAGAUUUUUUGUGGCUAUUUUUCACUUAACCACACACCUAUCAGUUUGUCCCUAUUAUUCUUUCUUGAAAUGGGGUUAAAAUAACCAUAUCAGGAUCAGUGGCAUUACAUUGCAUUUAUUUCACUUUUGUAGCUGGCAUGACAACAUGACUGCAGAGCAUGCUCCCUACAGAUGUACAAUAAGAACCCCAAUGUACUCAACCCGAUAUUUUUUUUUUUAACUAUGGAGCUUCUCUGACUGGAAAAAAAGGGGAAAAAAAGUAAAGAACAAUUAAAAAUACAGACCCAAACUGCAGAACAGGUGAAAACCUUUAACAAGAUGUAUGAGGUUAUUGUCCCAGCUGAUAAAAAUGGCAUACUGGACAAAUAUAUGUGGAUGUUGCAUGAUGUAAAACUGGAGCCACUGCAAUCAUAGUUUUGUCUUUUCAGCCAUGUCAGAAAAUUCACAAAGGCAUCACAUGCAGUCUGAGUUUACUGAACCCCCAUAUGGUGCUUUGUAUAAAUACAGAGAGCUGCUGCUGUUUCUGAUUAUGUUCAGUAUCCUGUUUUUCCCCAUUUGUCCUACAGAUCAUUUGCCUAUAAGAAUAAUUAUAUGGAAAUUAUUUAUUCAAAUGACCGCUCGAGGAGGUUUAUGAAUUUUCACAGAAAUGUGUCAAAUUAACACUUCCUUGGUUAUUCUCCUUAAUGAAGGGAUGUGCUCACAUUUUUGAACUUCUCUUUUCAUUAUAAUUGACUUUUUUUGUCUGAUGUCUAUACGGAGUGAUUUCUAAAUGAAGAUCUCAUUUGAUAAUCACAAACUUCACUUAAAGAGAAAAAGAUCAGUUGCAUUUAAGGACGGCACCUUCAUGAUUUUAGAUGAGGAUUUUGGACUGCACAGCUCAGAAGGUUGUCCAAACUAAACCACGGUUGACUGUAGUCUGGUGUUGCAUGCAAUAUGGAUGUAGUAGAACUGCCCGAUUAUGAAAAAAAGAACACAAAAAUCCUGAUUAUUUAACAUGAUUACUUAUUGAGUUUGGAUUUAUUGCACUUGAACAACAUUCUGCAAAGCAGAAUGUGGCAAAAAUUAUUUUAACAUAUGUGUACAAAGUACAACGUUUAAAUUAAAAUAUGAAUCAGAUUAAUUGCACAUUCUUUAGACUUUAUUUGAGCUUUUGUACUUUUUACUUUGUCUUUAUUUCUUCUGACAAAUGUCUGCAUGCAGCUGGUUGAAGAAAUGUACUAGUGUGGCAGAAUAUAUAUUUUUUGUGCACAUAUUACAGAUGUCAAGCAUGCACCUGUAAAGAAUAUUUGAGUUCAAAAAUUCAUCUAUUCCAACUCAACAUUCAUUGAAAUUAAUGAGCCCAAGAGGACCAAUGACAACAUGCUCCAGCAACAAAAGAGUAAAGCUCAAGAAAUAUUUUUUUAAACCCUAUUUUAAAGCAAAUUAGCUGUUGCUAAGCAGCUCAAAAGAAUCAAAGCCCAGACAUUCUCCUCAUCUUCCUGCAUUUAGUGGAUCUGAGUUGGAGAAGCAGCGGCACAAAAUAUAGGCUAACGUGUUCAAGUUAUUAAAGGGGAAGUUAAAAAGACACAAAGUUAAAAUGAUCAGAAGCAGUUAAUGUCUUAACUAGCAGAUGGCGCACCACCAAUUAUCUUCCUGUGUGAAACAUAUGCAAAGAUGGAACGUGUAAAAGACAUGACAUGCAGGAAAUGGCAGUCACAGAGUUGUUAUGGUGUUUUCUAUCUUCCCAUAUAUAAUUAACACGUCACAUAAAACUUAAUCUGAAAGGCUGUGGAAUUCAGUGUUCUUCAGCAUCAUUAAUAGGUCCGCAACAUUUCCUUUUAGUCAUAUCUAAAAGAACAUUUCUUGAUGAUUUGACUUUAUAUUUUUCAGGUUUUUUCAAAACACUAAUAAAUGUAGAAGUAAUUGCAAUUUUGGUCAGAAUAAACAUUAUUAAUCAUGUUAGUUAAGAAGUUUUAAAUAACAAUGUGGCGGAUUAAAUCGUUUAAGCAACAUUAUUUUAAAACGUUAUAAUGUACGAGGCGUACUUUAACGCACCACGAGGUUAUCGCUUGAAAACUGCUGGGUAUUAAUGCACAUGACUAACAUAGACACCACACCUUUUAAAUUAAGAACAAGUCAAACUCACCAGUGCUGUCCUACUGUCCAAAGACCACCGUCACCGAGCUCUCUGCUUGCUGUGGGACAUCAGUCUUCCGUGUUUUCUUAAAAACUGUUAACCCGGAAAAACGUUUUAAUACACGGAGGAAUCAGAAAUACCUCCAAAAAUAGGUUGAGGUGUUGUAGAAUAGUCUGUCACGACAAUUACCUGGAAAUGUUUCCCAAAGGGGCAAGUAAACAACAGAGUCGGUGGAGAACAAAACAGCAGCAAUGAUGGUAAAUACAGCAUCGUCUGCAGCGUGUAAGACGGAUCCUGUUACCAGAGUCAGAGGCUCCAGUCACGGAGUCGCUAAUUGGAAGCAGCGCAAGCAGUCGGCAGAUGUGGAACUUUGUAUUUAUCACUUCGCAAACAGUUCAUGGUCAGACCCGGUCCUCGAAAACUUCAGGGUCCUGAUUUUUUAUUAUUAUUUUUGUUCCGUUUGUAGCUAAAACCUAAUUACCAAAAAUAAAUGAAUAAAUACAAAUGAUAAACUAGCAGUCAGCUGUGUGAGAAAGAAGCGCCGCGCGACUGAGUGAACCUUGACACAGGUCACGUGUCCUGUCUUUCUCUCUCCUGUGUUUUCCACGUAAAAUGCUCAGGAGUAGUCUUUGGUCUUCGCCCUGGACUUAUACUAAAGAAAGAUGUUAAUUUAUAUCGUAUAAAAAAUUAACUUUGCUUUUAAAAUGUUAAAAGUCCCUCGCUUCAGAAGUUUCGAGGUAUGGCCAAUGGGUCACUGAAGUAGCAGUGUAGGAGCUCUUUUAUCCUCUAGGUGGCGGCAGAGGGAAGAUGUGGUUAAUGUACCACGACAUCGUUAUUGAGUCACUGCAGCAGAAACUGUGGAGUUACAUUUGUUUCACAAUUAUUCAAUCAAAAAAAAAAA